AUGAAUAGAGAAAUCCCUUAUUAUAGCCCUAAUUAUGUGCUAUUUCUUUUGAACGGAAGUCAUGUGCUGGAGACUCCCUGUGAGAGUAAUGAAGGAAGUCAAGGUGGAGACACCGGGAACCAGAUCACAGAUCGUCCUGUGCAUGAGCGACAUCCGACUGGAGUUAAGCACUGUGGGUGUACUAAGCGUGAGAAUGCCUGCAUGGGUUGUUCUCUUCUUAAGAAUCUACAGAGAUCUCCCACUAGACACAAACCUCAUCCGUGUGAGGAAUGUGGACAAGCCUGCAGGUGUGUCUCAUGUCUGAGCACUCAGGUGGAAACAGACCUGGUGGAGAAACCCCAUCGAUGUCAGGAUACGGGGACAGCAUCUGAGAGAGAUGCACAGAGUCCGAGUGGUGAAAACUCUACCGAGUGUAAGAAAUGUGGAAAAGCUUUCACUUGCUACUCAUCCUUUCAGGGACAUAUGAGAGGUCCGUGUGGACAGAAGAUCCACACGUGUCAAGUGUGUGGGAAAGCCUUUAUGUUUGGGUGCCACCUCAGACGACAUGUGAGAACUCACACUGGAGAGAAGCCCUACGAAUGUAAGGAAUGUGGGAAAGCCUUCAGCUGUAACUCCUACCUACGAGAACACGUGAGAAUGCACACUGGGGAGAAGCCCUAUGAAUGUCAGCACUGUGGGAAAGCCUUUCGAUUUUACUCCUACCUUCGAGAACACGUGCGGAUGCACACUGGAGAGAGACCUUAUGAAUGUCAGCAGUGUGGCAGAGCCUUCCGGCACCUACCAUCCCUGCAAUCACAUGUGAGGACGCACACUGGGGAGAAACCGUACGAGUGUAAGGAAUGUGGGAGGGGCUUCCGUUGUCCCAAAUACUUUAGAAAACAUGUGAAGAUGCACAGUGAAAGGAAACGCUAUGAAUGUACAGAAUGUGGGAAAGCCUUCGAUUAUUCCUCAUCCCUUCGCGAGCACGUGAAAACACACAGUGAAGAGAAGCCCUAUGAAUGUAAGGUGUGUGGGAGAGCGUUCCGGUGUCCCUCAGCCCUGCAAAGACACAUGCGAAUACACACCGGGGAGAAACCCUACGAAUGUCCGAAAUGUGGCGAGGCCUUCAAGCAUUACGCGUCCUUGCGAAGACAUGGGAGGACCCACACUGGACCGAAGCUCUGAAUACGGGACUGUAUUUAUUUUUCCUUAAAACCUCAUCACUGAGGAGACACUGGAGAGUGGAAAGUAGGUGGGAAAUGUUUAGAUCUUUACUUAGCUUGUGCAUGAAAACUCAGGGCAGUACAGAAAUCUUUUGUUACAAAUACGGUUUUCCUUAUAAGUGCCUCACCCGGAAGAUGGAUCCCUGUGUGUUAAUUUCUAGUUUGUGUUACUGCUGUGAACACUUAAGAUACAAUUACCCCCCUAUGUCCCCUUCAUCUGUACUGCAUGCAUUUUGCUACAUUUGAGUUUACUUAAUUGUACAGUUAUAUGAAACUUGUCUCACUUCUAUUACAAUGUCUUUUGACUCAGAGGUUGA